GUGGCUGAGUUCUGCUGCAUGAAGCUCAACCAGAGGCAAACAGGACCGCAGUGUUUAUUCACUACAACUCCCAGAAGCCACCGCGAACCAGGAAGCAGUGAGGUAUCCUUCCGGGAAGAAGAGGAGCUCCUUCGGGUGAAUAAAGUGGCAGCUGAUCGAUGAUGAUGAAGAGUAAGGCAGAUGAGGAAGACUACUGGAACAGCUCCAAGUUCAAGGCCUUCACCUUCGAUGAUGCUGAUGAUGACCUCAGCAAGCUGAAGGAGUCCAAAAUGGCGGUGAGCAGCAUCGGCCCGCUGAUCGACGGAGAGGAGGAGGAGUGGGAGAGGGUCAGCUGGAGCGGAGAACCCGUCGGCAGUAUAUCAUGGUCCGUUAAAGAGAUGGCGGCGUCCAAUCAGAGAGCAGACAGAGAGCCCGCCUUCCCCAAGAUCUCCACGGAGACGCCGUCACUCAACAAAAGCCAGUCUGGACUCUCUCUGAGUUCUCUGUUCAAAGGGAAAGGCCGAGGAGGAAACCUGCAGAGCUUCAGCGACAUGCUCGGAGACUCGGCGCUGCGGCUCUACACACCAGAACUCCGAAAACCCAAAUCUGAGUACAAGGACCUGCUCAGCGAUUGGACGCCUGAGGAGACGGUUAAGCGGCUGCAGCAGGGGAAGGCCGUGUCUCUGGAGAAGUUCCGCUCCCUUCAGGACAAACUGCUGCUCCUGGAUCUGGCCGUCGCCGCCCAUGAUGGGAACGCCAUCACCGCCGUUCUGAUCUUUCUGAAGAGGACUCUCUGUAAAGAGGUUCUGUUCAGAGAGAUGGAGUCCAGGCAGACGGCGCUGCGGCACCUGAUCCACCUCCUGACGGAGACCCGGGAGCAGCGGCUGCUGCUGGAGCUGCUCAGGGCGCUGGGCCGGACGGAGGAGGCGGCGCUGCUACAGUACAAAGAACACAAGAACAUCAUGGAUGAAAACAAGAGGCGGGACUUCCUGAAGAGCUGUCUCAGCCUCCAGUUUGCUGCCGAGGACUUGGCUCACAUUCAGGAUCACUACACUCUGCUGGAGCGGCAGAUCAUCAUCGAGGCGGCGGACCGGAAGGCGGAGCGAGAAGGAAAGGUGGAGAUCUUCCAGAAAUGUCCCAGAAAAGCUUCCAUCCUCAACAUGCCGCUGAUCACCACCCUCUAUUACUGCUGCUUCUACCAUUACAACGAACCAGAGGGAACCUUCAGCAGUCCAGGAAACGUCCGUCAGACAUUUAAGAUCUCAGAGAAGCAGUACUUUACGACGGCGCUGGCGGCGCGGGCCAAGCUGAAGAACUGGAGCGACGUGGACGCCCUGUUCAGCAGCAGGAACUGGCUCGGCUUCGCCAAGAAGAAAUCGCCGCUGAGCUUCCAGCGAGUCGUCGACAUCCUGCAGAAGAACUCCGCCCCUACACAUGUUCUGCAGGAGUACGUGGCGCUGGUCCAGGACGCCGAGCUGAGGAUCACUUUGGCUCAGAAACAUAAGUGUCACGACAUCGUCAUCAACACGUACCGAGACAUGAAGGACCGACAUCUGCUGGCAGAAUAUCGCAAGAAGGUGGAGCGAGGAUCGGCUGAGGAGAGGAAGAUCGAGGAGUUGCUCAGCAACCCACAAAUUCGAUGGAAAAACUGAGCAGCUUCAGACUUUUAUUGUGAAACUAAGGCGCCUGCUUCCUGUGAGAAAUCCAUCGCCAUGACAACCGAAGUGACCAAUUAGCCAUUAGCAGCUCCAGUUUGGUGAUCGCCAUGGCAACGGUGCCAUAAAGAGACAAUGUGGGCGGGGCCAAGUUUCCUCUUCAUCUGUUUGUGGAAAAACACGAAAGUUAAAAAUAAAAAGUGUAAAAAUA